AGAGGGCAUGAAAGAUGACGAAGCUCAACCCAACCUACAGACUCCAGACACACAACAGAUGCAUUAUUAUGCAUUUAGACUACACACUAACACAAAACCAAGGAGAUCGAAAGAAAUGAAGAAAAGCAGAGUGAAGAUGUUCCUCAGAUGUUCUUAUAUUCUCUGGAUCUCGAUCCUCUGUGAAGCUGUUUCAGGCGAUAAUGUGAUGAAAGCGGUGAAUAGUGAAACUGUGUUCACUCCAGUGUCUGGAUCUGUGUAUCCCAGCACCACCAGCAUUACAUGGAAACACAAAGACAAUGGUGUUGUUGUGAAGGUCAUUGAAUGGGAGCGGGAGGAUGAUAGCACUGUAAUUCCCAACCCCAAAUUCAGAUCCCACGCAAGCCUAAACAAACAGACAGGAGAACUCACUCUUAAACAUCUACUGCUCAAACACACUGGAGUUUAUACCCUCGACAUCAGCGGCAAAGAGCAAAGAAAGCAAUUCGUUCUGACUGUUAUAGAGCCUGUCCGCAAACCUUAUAUUAUUAAGAAAGAUUGUGAACAGGGAGAUGUUCCUAAAUGUUCCUUGAGUUGUGAGAGUGAUGAUGGAGCUUCGGGAAGUGCAGUGAUCUGGAAGAGCUCUGGAGAGACGCUGCACGGACGAGAUCAGCAGACGAGGACGAUAACAGUGACCGAGAGCAGUGACCCCGAUAACUCCUACACCUGCACCCUGAAGAGCGCAGUGAACGAGGAGACCAGCGACCCCGUGUAUGACAGAGAUCUGUUUCACGACUCAUUUACAAUAUCUGACAUUGUAAUUAUCAUUGUAAGUGUCAUCUCUGUGGUCCUUUUGCUGAUCCUGUUAUGGUGUUUGUGGCGCUUUCGUAAGAGAUGCUUGCAGAGCAUAUUCACAAAAGAUGAAUGGGCUCCGUUUCGUAACUGACCAAUCAGCAUCCAAGGUACUACUAAAUGGCAUUCAUGAGUGAAUGACUGAUGCUCAUCAUGAACCUCCUGAAUCUUCAAAUGCAAAAUGUAUCUCGACACAUUCGCCUGGCCAGCUUUACUAAAGCCUCUGCUCAUAACUGUGCUUCAUAACUUCGACUGUCUCCUCUGGUUCUGAAUAUUUAGGCCUAAAUCUAGUUACAUAUGCAAAUACUUUUUUCAAUGAGGGACAAGAUGAGAAUAUCUUCCCGGCACCAAACAGAGAGUAGCGUAUGAAUAAACUAAUUAUUAUGAUUCAUUUUUCAUUUGUGGGGAAAAGCAGAGAAGGAAUUUAAUUCUGUUUUAUGUUGCACCCAAGGCAAAGAGAUUGUUCUGUGCUCACAUCCCAAAUGUGAAGAGUUUGAUAAAGGGACAUGAACCAAUAAAAUUGUAAACAUUGAAUGCAAAUCCUGAAUAAAAUAAUAAUAGAUAAAAUCCUCUGUA